UCUGCUGGGCAUCAUUGCGCGUCAAAACAUUGCGUCUCUGCAGGACUUGCCAGGGCCGGAGAGGAGAGGAAAUUUGCUUGGGAAGGAAUGCGAAAGGGGUUUUAGGAUUGGCACUGCCACGAGGAAGACGAGGAGGUGCGACAUUUCCUGAGCUACGUGGAGAUCCGUUUUUUCUUCCCUUCAAAGGUGUUUGCCUCCCAACCCACCGCCCACCACGGCCCUCACCUGUGUGUUGCGGUGCUUCCCUUGUGAGCCGACCUGGGCUGGCAGUCCCUUCUUGCACCGCCCGCCAACUCCGCCCAUGGUCAGAAUGACGCGCUCCAAGACUUUCCAGGCAUACUUGCCGAGCUGCCACCGAACCUACAGCUGCAUCCACUGCCGAGCUCACCUGGCCAACCAUGACGAGCUCAUCUCCAAGUCGUUCCAGGGCAGCCAAGGCAGAGCCUACCUGUUCAACUCAGUGGUGAAUGUCGGGUGUGGCCCUGCAGAGGAGAGAGUUCUGCUCACAGGCCUGCACGCUGUAGCAGAUAUCUACUGUGAGAACUGCAAGACUACCCUGGGCUGGAAAUACGAACAUGCCUUUGAGAGCAGUCAGAAGUACAAAGAGGGCAAGUUCAUCAUCGAGCUGGCCCACAUGAUCAAGGACAAUGGCUGGGACUGAGGGAUGAGCAGCCAGGACACGACCGCAGCAGUGGAGAGGGGGAAGGGGGGUGGAUGGAUGGAUGGACAAAUGGAGGGAGGGAGGGGGGUCGUGUGUGGUGGGUGAGUGUGUGACUUUGGUUUGGCUGAUUUACCAUUAACCUCUGUAACUCUCUGCCCAUCCCUCCCUACCACGCCUCUCGACGCACACACAUACACACACGCGCGCACACACACACACACACACACCAAGGUCCCAGACAUCCCAGCUUGACAGAGAGACAGACUAGGCAGGCUUGUACGCAGCUAGCAGGACUAGGUGACAGUGUCUGGCCGGCAAGAUGUCUCAUUUUCAUGUCUUUUCGUUUGGUAACUGAAACAUGAUUUGAUAGCUCGAUAGUAUUCCACCUUGUCUCAAACUAAUGUUAGAAAAAGUUGUUAGCGGGUCAGUCAGUGGAAAUUUAGCCAGAAGGAGGGUGGUUAGGCCGGCCUGGCAGGGUUCAUUGGCCUUGGUUGAAGAGCUGAUGGGCAUUCACUCUGUCCUCAGCUUGAAUGAGAUGACCUAAUAUGAUUAUAGCAAAUCCAGCUGAUCGGGGCCAUGCCAGCUGGGCCAGUGAUGAGGCCUGGCGCUGAGGCUUGGCACGGAGGCCCAAGCACAUGGGCGUUGGGUUGCAGCAAGGGGGUGUGGGGGUGGGUGCAGGGAUUGCUGCCCAACAGGCCUCUCUCUCAACAUGGUGGGGAGGGGAGGCUCCUGAUCCAGUUAUGCAGUGGCUUUGAUGGCUUCUGGCUGGGAUUCACUCCAUGUUUUGCCAGUGAUGCAGCUCAGGACGGGCCGAGAGUGAAAGGGAUACAGACAGACAGCCACCAGCUUGUCCUAAAACCUCACAGGAAUUUGCCCUCGCAGCAGCAAAGCAGCUCCCCUGGGUUUUAUUCAUCCUUUAAUACAACAAGUCGUGUAAAGUGAUCUGGCGAUCCUUCCCGUAUAUGUCUGGUGUCGGUAGACGCAUCACUGCGUCCGCCUUUGUUACUUAGCCAGAUAGAAUUACACAACAUAAGCGUGUCUCAGGUGAACAACUUUGGCUGGGAUUCCCAAAGGUUUGCAAGCACUGUGAGCAUCUUUUUUUUUUUUUGAGGUCAAUGAGCUAAGGUGACGAGGCGCUGCAGGCUUGGGAGAGGCAGGGGGCAGCUAGUGGUCAGUUAGACACAACACCUGCUGUCACGCAAAUAACAGUUUGAUUUAAGACACAAAACAAAUGGCCGAUGCAUGACUGGUUUCAUGGGCCGAGGGAAAAUGCAAAUAGUAAAAAACAUUAACACAGAAAGUAAAUUAUUACUUUUACUGAAGUUACGAGGUAUAUACAUAACCACAGCGGUGUGUAAUAUAGAUGCAUAUGUAUAAAAAGGUAUCACUCUUAGGCUCUCUUUCAGUCUGGGAUGACUGCUGUUUAACUGCUGUUACACUGAUCUUCACUAACUCACAAAACAUAGUAAACCAACUGGGCAACAUUAUGAAGCAACGCACAAGAUAGACCCACCUACUCAUUGUUUUGUCCUUAAAGCUGGGGUAGGCAGAAAAAAAACAAAUUAAAAUAGACCCUCCUCCUGCAGCUCUCCCCACUCUGUCCCAAGAACCUCCUCCAAAAUGACCACAGGCAUAUGCACACACUCCAUACAGUAACCCACUGUUUCCCAUACAUUGAUCUCAUUGUAGAGUUACACACACUGUGUUCUUUCAGCCCCUCUUUGCCCCGCUCUCUCUGUCUCUUUGUUUAUCAGACCAAAAAUGAGACAAGAUUUAACAGGCUAAUGUUAGCCACCUCGACAUCCCUUUGCCUCAGUCCCCACUGCAGUGGACUGCCCUCUCAGUAGGAGAGCUGGCAGCAGCUCUGGAGACAGACCUUCGUUUGGCAGCUGUAGCGGCUUGAAUUCAGCCACCGCAAAUCCCCCAGAGCCAGGUGUCACAGUGGGCUGGUGGCCAGCGGCAGCGUUAGGUCUAACCUGUUGGCUGAUCCAGAGGGGAGUGGAGACUGUUCGGUGACUGGGGGUUUGUCUCCAGACCCAGUGAGGUGGCGAGUGAGGUGGACACACUGUGAUUCGAAACUCUAGCUAACGUCAGGCACAUAAACAUGAAAUUGAAGCCGCAGCCACAAGUCUUUUUGGCUCAGGUUAGCAGAUGGCUAAAUUAUUAGCAUUAGCAUAUGGACACUUUCUAUCUCUGAAAUGCUUUGCUGAUACUGCUUUAUUCUUUUUAUUGUCAGACUCUUUUUUAGGGUGCUUUCACAUCUGUCUUGUUUGGUUCGGUUCAAUUGACUCAAGUUCCUUUGCCCCCUAAGUGCGGUUUGUUUGGGCAAGUGUGAACACAGCAAUCCCACUUAGGUGCACACCAAUACAACCAGACUGAGACCUGCUUGAAGAGGUGGUCUCAGUCCGGUUACAAACGAACUCUGGUUCGGUUCUUUUGUGGUGAGAACGUGUUCCGACCUUGAUCUGAACCAACUGCAGUC